UUAUAAGCAGAAACUGAUGAGAACGGAAACUCCAUGGUUGCUUUUUUCUCCCUUAGAAUUUGAGAAUUCCCCCAAGGAUGGAGGCGUCUAAGACUAGUUACGAUGGCAUCAACGAAGCUUAUCGCCCAAUCCCUUCUCUUAACUUGGCUUUUAUGGUGGUUUGGCUCCUCUCUGCAGCUUGUUGGACCAUCAACACUUACAAAAACCGCCAUUUUCAGACGAAUAAAUUGCAAUGGACACUGACCGCUGUUCCAUUAAUUAAAGCUUUGCAGCUGACCUUAUCUUUUCUCUUCUGGUACUCGUGCUUUUAUCUUCAAGUAUGCUCUUUAUGGAUGUCUUUUGGUGUCUUUGUAACUGGAGUGCUCUUUCAGACUGUAACUUUUGUGUUGUUCCUCCUGAUUUCUCAUGGAUAUUGCAUCACAUAUGAGCGUCUUUCCAUUAUCGAGCGGAGAACAACAGCUGCUCUUGGGUGUGUCUUUUACUUGACUCUUGUUGGUUAUCGAGCAUCCGUACCUUACUUCUCAGCUCUUAUGCUGCUAAACUAUUUCGUGUCCUUCUAUAUGAUAUUCCGCCACAUAUCCCAGAACUUGUUGUUACUACGGGAACAGUUGACAAUCAUUGAAGAUGAGGAAGUUCAUGCAAUGCAUGACACAAUCUGUACAAAAUACAUGAUGUUCAAGAAAUUUCAAGGUGCAAUGCAUAUUGUGGCAAUGGCAGAAUUGGCAAUAUUUUUUAACAUAAACGAUUCAUUGGACAACUAUUGGCUCCGGUUGGUGGUUAGAGAAUGGGCACAGUUCUGCAUUAUCCUUUACAUCGGAUGGACUUUUAGGUCAAAAGACUUGGCACCACGUUUCUCAGUUAUGCCUACUUUAAAGAGCAAAGGGACGAAAAUGGUGCCUCCGAUAUACAGCAUUGAAAUGGAUGCAACAACUUUCAAAGAGUUUAAGAGUCAUGAGUGGCAUAUUGGUGUGCCCACUUCUCUGCAGAAAGGACGCUUAGAGGGUUCAGUCUUAGUUGUGAUUCAGCAUCCCCGUGCAGAUACAAUGACCUCAAUCAGCCCUGCCUCGCUCUGCACCACUCAAGUUCAUGCCUCUAACCUGCCUGUAAACCAAAGAAACUUCAACAAUCAACUUGUAUAGCUGUAGGUAUUCACAUAUAUUAUUAUUUUCAUGACAACACAUUUUCUGAAAGAAAGGUUCGCGUAUGUCAUACCAGUUCGUCUAUUGUUAUAUGGACUUGAAACUAGAGCAUCUCUGAUGCAAACAGAUUCGUCAUUUUGUAACAUGUUGGGCAGAAAUGUGCAGCCUAAUCAAUAUGUAAAUGGAACAUGUUAGGCAUUUUCUCAUGUGGUAUCCUCCCUCCCAGGUUUC